AUGCAUGCCAUCCGCCCCUCCUCGAUUGGGCUUCUCCUGCGUCGUCCUCGACGUCUGCAUCCACCCCUCGUCACCUCUUCAUGGCGAGCCACGUUUCUGCCGGCCUCGCUGCCGCUGCCGUCGCGCCUCGGCGUCACCAUCCACAAGAGGCAACUCCAUGCUGAGACGCUGCUGUUGCCUCCUCUGGUUUUCUGCGGUCUUCUGGGCGCACUUUGGGCGUGGAAGUGUCUCAUGAUGGUCGUCUUCCAGAACAAGAUCAUUUACAUGCCGGGGCUCCCGCCGAAUGCGCGCCGCGAGCGGAUCGAGGACUACGCGAAGCAGUGCGGGGAGGUGCGGUGGGAGGAGAAAAGGGUCCAGGCUGUCGACGGGACGGAUCUGGCCCUCUGCGUGGCCUCGGUGACAUCUACUGGUGACGAGAGCACCACGUCGCCCGACGGUUUCCUCGCCGUGCCGUCGAUCUAUGUCCUUUACUUUCAGGGAAAUGCGUCUUCUCUUCCCCCGCGAUUGCCGGACCUAUCGUGGGUUCUCCGGACGCUGCAGCGAAGCAAGCGGCCCGCGCGAUACACUGUGGUGUGCCUGAGCUACCGCGGCUACUGGAGGUCGAGGGGCCGCCCUUCUGAGAAGGGCAUCAAUAUGGAUGCGCAGGCGGCUCUGCGCUGGAUUGAGCAGAUGCAUAGUCACAAAGCCGGACCAUCCAGGCAGCAGCAGCAUCAGCCACCGGCGCUGGUGAUCUGGGGUCAGAGCAUUGGCGCCGGGGUAGCCACGAACCUCGCGGCUUGGGACGAGUUCCCGCCCACGUUGCGUCUUACGUCGCUGAUCCUCGAGACGCCGUUUACUUCUAUCAGAGCCAUGCUGGAAGCGUUGUACCCUCAGAAAUGGGUGCCCUACCGUCAUCUCUGGCCGUUCCUGAAGAACCAUCUGGACAGCUGGACAAACCUAGGCGCAAUUGCGCGGAACCAGCGGUCCGGUUUGGACCAUGACAAACCUCGGGUCGUUAUAGUCGAAGCUGGCAAGGAUGAGCUAGUGCCGGCGGAUCACGGCGCGAAGCUCGUCCGGCGCUGCGAGGAGGUCGGGCUGGCAGUCCAAAAAGUGACGGUUCGUGGUGCUUUCCACAAUGAUGCCGUCAUUAGGCCGGAGGGACGCAGAGCCGUCGUCGACGCCAUUGAGCAGGCCGCGUUCAAACCCUAA